AUGCCAACGGUGUCAUCAGCCACCAUCAACCCACGAAAUGUCACGCUGCCACCAUCUGCUAACAGUUCGCAAAGUGCCACACUUACAUUAGCCUCCAACAGCUCACAGGGUGCCACACUUACAUCAACCAACAUCUCAUCAGGUGCCACAACACCAACAACCAUCAAUAUUCCACAUGGUUCCACUCUGCCAUCAACUACCAAAAGAUCACAACUGUCACCAAUAUUCAACACCUCACAAGGAACCCAUGGCAUCGACUCUCCAACAGAGAAGAUCACCUUUGGAGGAACAGGAUCAGACCCGGGAAGGUUCAAGGACAACCGCGGAGUGGCCGUGUCUGCCGACAAUGAGAUAUUCGUGACCGACAAGCGCAACAAACGAGUCCAAGUCUUCAACAUCAACGGGGAUUUUCUCCGACUCUUUCCAACAUCUCUGCUGCCUAAAGGUGACGAGGAGAUGCUACCUAGCGAUAUCUCCAUAGACGGAGAGGGGCAUCUGUGGGUGGUGGGACGAAAGGAAAGCUACUUUAACGCCCCUGUACAUGUAGUACAGUAUAACAGGAUCGGACUACCACUGACCACAUUCGAAGUUCCUGGCCCGACUUGGUCCAUAGGGGUUGCCAUUACGGUAGACUUGCACAAUGACAAAAUCCUCGUCAUCCUUUUGGAUGAAAUUCUGAUGUUCCAACCAAACGGCUCGUUCUGUCGGAGUAUUGGAAAGGGACUCCACCAAUACGAAUAUGCCACAUCAGACAACAGUGGAAGGAUCCUUGUGACGGAUUAUUCACACAGCAAAGUCCAGGUCUACAACCACACCGGACACUGGCUAUUCGGAUUUGGAGGAUUUGGACGCGGUGAUGGCCAGCUGAUUCGUCCCAGCGGCGUUUGUACGGACAGCUCGGGUCGCGUCAUCGUAGCAAACGAUGGAAACGGGCGGGUCGACAUGUUCACGAGCCGCGGGGAGUUUGUCCGCACCGUCGUGGAGAUGGACAAGUCGUGGGGCAUCGCUGUGGGCCCGGAUGGACAUUUGGUGGUCACUAACGUGUAUGAUAAUACUGUAACUAUCUUCCCAGCAACAAUGAUAUUUCCCUAA